UUGCUAAGAGUCUGGGUAGCUAUUAAGAGAGGCCAUGUAUUCGUCUAGCAACGCAACAUCCUUCGAUAUGUCUACUGGGUUUCCAUCAAAUCCGCCUCUCUCAUCCGAACAAAUCGAGUACUGCAAACAUGCUCACAGAAUUUUCAAGGCCAAACGUGCUAAUAAUGAACAACUCAUUAUAUAUGAGUUCAACAUACUAGAGCAGAAGAGUGUAAGGAGUGUGUCUGAAGUUAGUAGGCUUAGCUCGGUGGCUAAACUACCUAUUAAUGCUAUAAAAAACCGCUACGAAAGAGUUAUACCAUUUGAUUCAAAUAGGGUAACUCUUGAUCAAAGCGAAGAUUACAGUUCGUCUGAAAAGGGAUACAUCAAUGCUAGUUUCAUCGGUGCAGAGGUGACUAAUUCAUCUGAGGGUGUUUCUCGGUUCAUAGCCACUCAAGGCCCCCUUCCAGAAACCUUCAACGAUUUCUGGACAAUGGUACUCCAGAAACGUUGUCCGGCCAUUGUGAUGCUCACUCGGCUAGUUGAUCCUCCAGAGACUCCGAUGUGUGGAGACUAUUUUCAAGCAGAUAAUGGUGUGAGGCUGUUUGACAAUAUACGUAUGGUCACUAAAAGAAUCGUCACAACAGACAACAAAUUAGUGUUGCGCCAUCUUGAGGUGAAUUAUGAAGUAGAGUCAGAGAACCUUUGUCUGCCCGUAUUACAUAUCCAUUAUCCUAAAUGGCCUGAUAUGGGAGUUCCAAAAGAGACCAAUGUUGUUCGCGAGAUUUUUAGAAGAUUAUGCCAUUUACCAUCAACCCAAGUACCAAUUGUGGUGCAUUGCAGUGCCGGCAUUGGUAGAACUGGAACAUACUGUGCAAUUCAUAACACCAUCCAAAGAAUUCUCAUCGGUGACAUGUCUGCUUUAGAUCUUGCUAAAACCAUACGCACUUUUAGGGAUCAACGGAUAGGGAUGGUCCAAAACUUGGAGCAAUACAUUUUCUGCUUCAAAGCAAUUAUUGAAGAACUUGAAGACCUUGUUCCAACACUCAAGAGCACAAAAAAUGAUUGA